AUGACAAUUCUUCAUAUUCGACCAAAACGUGCUCGCAUCCAAACCUUUUAUCGUUGUAUUAAAAACAUUGUUCGAUAUGAUUCCACUUCUACAGACCAAAGGGAAUUUAAAAAGGUUAUGGUUGCAAAUCGAGGGGAAAUUGGUAAUUAA